AUGGUCCUCAGGAUUGGCGGUUGGGUGUUGACUUACGACCAAGUUCGAACGUGGUUGGAAGUGGGCGGGCGAGACUCCAAGAAUCUCGAGUUCUACGAGCUUUCUGGAGCACUAAAGGAUUGGUUCCGGGAGAGGCAAAUUGAGGACAUGGUUCCUAUUCCGACUGACUAUCCUCACGGAACCAAGCAGCCAGUUAUCAUUCUGGCAACGAGAUACUACCAGGAUCCUGCUGCGACGGUGACGCACUACACGCUUUUCGCGGAGCGAGAUUUUGAGCGCGAGGUGAAGCGGCGGGUGCUGGAGGAGACCGGGUUUAAGGAUGACGACUUGCGCUGGGUGACCGUCAUUGACCCAUACUUCCAGUACCCUGUGGUGGUGUACAAGAAGCCCAGGAACUAUGCUCUCUGGCCUGAGACGGGCAGGCCGCCUAAGAAAGACAAAACCAAGAAAAAGGCGGAUGGAGACGAGAAAGGGGAGGAGGAAGACAAGGAAGGUGGAGACAAGAAAGAGGAGGGCGACAAGGAAGAUGGAGACAAGAAUGAGCAGGGCGACAAGGAGUCGGAGCUCACCCAAACUGUUUGA